AUGGGAAAACGGAAAACGGCCGCCAAGCCACAGAAAAAGCUUAAAGUCAAGCUUGAUGUCACUUUCAGAUGUCUUUUCUGUAAUCACGAGAAGUCUGUCAUCUGCACUUUGGACAAAAAGAAUGGUGUGGGUGACUUACACUGUAAGAUCUGUGGACAGAGUUUCCAAACAGCCAUAAAUUCGUUAUCACAGCCUAUAGACAUUUACUCCGACUGGAUCGAUGCCUGUGAGGAUUUGGCAGAGGAACAAGAUGGCGAUGACAAACAAAAUGAAGGAGAAGAGUACAGCGACGAAGAAAAGAAAGGAGGUGCUUACUCUGACGACGAAUAUUAG